ACUUUAACAAAACUGCAACUUUCUCAACUGACAUGCAUGAUGAAUCUUCAACCAAGGACCAAUCCUUUGAUUCAACCAAGUGUGAGGCAAAUGCUAACUUAACCUCCAAUCCAAUUGCUAUGAACACAUCUUUAGAGUCAGAUGAAGCAGAAUUUACACUAGUUACCUCUAAAAAUAAAAGAAAUAAGGGCAAAAAGAAGAAUUAG